CCAGAGGGACUUGGGGCGGCUCACAGAUAUAAAACAAGCAUAGUAAGGUUUUCCCGUGACGUUAAGUCCAGUCAUGUCUGACUCUGGGGGUUGGUGCUCAUCUCAAUUUCUACGCCGAAGAGCCGGCGUUGUCCAUAGACACCUCCAAGGUCAUGUGGCCAUUGUCAUGAUUGCAUGGAACGCCGUUACCAUCCCGCUGCAGCGGUACCUAUUAAUCUACUCACAUUGGCAUGUUUUCAAACUGCUAGGUUGGCAGGAGCUGGAGUUAAUAGCGGGCGCUCUUUCCACUCCCGGGAUUUGAACCUGGGACCUUUUGGUCUGCAAGUUCAGCAGCUCAGCGCUUUAACACACUUCGCCACCGGGGCUCCCAAAAGCAUACUAUGGUAUCAAAUACAAAAAACACACAAAUAAAAUUAAAAGGCAUAAAAUAAAAUCACAGUCAUUAUAAAACACAUGAUAAAACACAGAUUUGCUAUUUCCGGCCUGAAAGGACAUGGAUAAUAGGGCCUCCCUAUUAUCCGAGCAGUUCCAGUUAUUCGACAUUCGGCCCAUCCGUUUAUGUCGAAUAACCGGAACUCUACUGUAAAUAGGGACACUGUUGGGAAUCGAGGAGCCGUUAAGCUCAAAUCACCCUCUUUAGCAAGGAAGGAGGAAAUAAUAGUGAAGCCUCAUCAAAGCAUGCAUAGAACUGUGUCCCUAACUCUUUUCUAGCUUCCUAUCUAAACAUAGAGACUUAGGCAGUGCAGGAUGACACAUUUGCAACAGACACCACAUUGAAGCUUUUUUUUUUUUCAUAUCAGGAGCGGCUUGAGAAACUGCAAGUCGCUUCUGGUGUGAGAGAAUUGGCCGUCUGCAAGGACGUUGCUCAGGGGACAUUGCCCGGAUGUUUUGAUGUUUUACCAUCCUUGUGGGAGGCUUCUCUCAUGUCCCCGCAUGGAGCUGGAGCUGAUAGAGGGAGCUCAUCCGUGCUCUCCCCGGGUGGGAUUCGAACCUGGCAUCCUUCAGGUCAGCAACCCAACCUUCAAAUCUCCAAAUUGAAGCUGAUCAGAAUAUCCUCGGUGCUUGGCUUGCGGUUGCUGAUUUUUCUAUGAAGUGAGUUGAGUCCUUGAUGUAGUGCGUGGUGAGCACAAUAUGGUUUGUAGCUGUGUGGCCAGAAAUGUUGCCAGGUCACAUGUGGGGAAUCCAGUGGCACUCAAUAUGGGUCAGAGCGGGGUGGAGUCCUUAUGGGUUUUGGGGAGUCCUUAGAGCCUAGGUGGGAGGGCUUCCGAUUUGCACAGUUGUUGGCGUAUGUCGAGGCUAAUGGAGGAGUUCUUGAUCAGAGUGUUAGUCGUUCUGGCGAAUUUGUUGGUUAGGUCUCGUUUUAGUUUUUUGCAUAUGCUUUAAUUAUGUUCAAUUUGUAACAAUGGAAACCCAUCCUGCCUAUCAGAUAUUUACAUUACGAUUCGUAACGGUAGCAAAAUUACAGUGAUGAAGUCACCAUGAAAAUAAUGUGAUGGUUGGGUUGGAGUCACCACAAGAUGAGGAACUGGAUGAAGGGAUCCCAGAAGGGGCCGGGCAUGGCUGGGGCUUUGGGGGUCUCUCGUCCAAAGGAGGGGCUUUCAAGGCCCCGUCUCCUGGCGAAGGAUGAUGCCCUUCCGCACUUGGCUGCCUUGAUUUCUGUGUUUCGUGGUUCUGUCUGAAUGCGCUCCCGGGACUCGGCUGAUGAGUUCGGAGGGGCUUUUUGGGUGGCGAAGCGCCGGGUGUCUCUCUCUCUCUCUCUCUCUCUCUCCUCCUCACGGUCUGCUGGGUGGACGGAGCAUCUUGCCAAGUCUGAGCAAAGGCCGGAGGGCCAGAGCGAGGCCGAGGCCGCGGCAAAAGGGCACCCGGGCGUCUUCCUCACCCUCUCCGGCCUGUUUCGGGGCCUUUCGGGGGGGACGCGAUGCCCUUUGGCGCUCUGUGCCGCAAAGUGGAAAAUCCGUGUUUGGCUUGCUUUCUGCUGAAUUAUUCAAGUCAGGCAUCAAUAAUGGAUGCCCAAGUGAGUCACCCGGUUUAUUUAAAUGCAGUAUGGCAUCAUGGGCUCAUCUGCAACAGCGGGUCUCCACCUUCCUAAUGCCGUGAACCCUUAACACCGUCCCCCGUGUUGUGUUGACCCCCAAACAUCACAUUAUUUUCGUUGCUACUUCAUAACUGUAAUCUUGCUACUGUUAUGAACUGUAAUGUCAGUAUGCAGGAGGUAUUUUCAUUCACUGGACCAGAUUUGACACAAAUAAUAAUAAUAAUAAUAAUAAAACUUUAUUUAUACCCCGCCACCAUCUCCCCGUGGGGACUCGGGACUGCUCACAAUAUUACAAAAGUAACAGCACAAAUACAUUAACAAUACACACAGUUUAAAACACAAGAAGAUGAUAAAACAAGUUAAAACAAAGAUUUAAACAGCAGUACUAAUAUCAAUAGUAAUACAGUAGAGUCUCACUAAUCCAAGCUAAACGGGCCGGCAGAAGCUUGGAUAAGCGAAUAUCUUGGAUUAUAAGGACUGAUCAAGGAAAAGCCUAUUAAACAUCAAAUUAGGUUAUGAUUUUACAAAUUAAGCACUAAAACUUCAUGUUAUACAACAAAUUUGACAGAAAAAGUAGUUCAAUGCGCAGUAAUGUUAUGUUGUAAUUACUGUAUUUACGAAUUUAGCACCAAAAUAUCACGAUAUAUUGGAAACAUUGACUACAAAAUGGCUUGGAUUAUCCAGAAUGUUGGAUAAGCGAGUGUCGGAUUAGUGAGACUCUACUGUAAUAUCAAACAACCACCAAUGCAAUUAAGUCAACUUCAAAGGUGGGGGGACUAUAGCAAACACCCAAUAUUCCCAAAUUUGAACACUGGUGGAGUUGGGGGCGGGAUGAUUUUGUCAUUUGUUAAUUGUAGUUGCUGGGAUUUAUAGUUCACCUACAAUCAAAGAGCAUUCCGAACUCCACCAACGAUGGAAUUGAACCAGUCUUGGCACACAGAACUCCCACGACCAACAGAAAGUACUGGAGGGAUUUUGUGGGCAUUGGCCUUGAAUUUGGGAGUUGUAGUUCACCUACAUCCAGAGAGCACUGUGGACUCCAAACAAUGAUGGAUCUGGACCAAACUUGGUACAAAUACUCAAGAUACCCAAAUCUGAACACUGAUGGAGUUUGGGGAAAAUAUACCUUGACAUUUGGGAGUCGUAGUUGCUGGGAUUUAUAGUUCACCUACAAUCAAGCCGCCCCCUGAACCCCACCAACAAUAGAAUUGGGCCAAACUUUGCACACAGAACCCCCAUGACCAACAGAAAAUACUGAAGGGAUUUCGGUUCCUAAGAACAUCAGAAAUAUGUGUUUCCUGGUGGUAUUUGGUGACCACUCUGACACCCCCCUCACGACCCCCCCCCCCCGGUAGAAUUUACGAUCUACACCAUAAAAUUAAAGCAAUUUAAAUGCCGAGUCUCAAUUCUGUGGGAUUGUGGGAGCUGUACUCUGACUCAGCCUUCUCUGCGAAGAAGAGAGUUGAUGCCUUGCUGGCGGUCAAAGUUGGCGUUCCUCCGUAUUUGUGUGUUCGUAGAAUGCAUCAAGGGAUGGUGGUGCUCAGGCCCGCAUCUCCCUCUAUUUGGAGUUUAUUUUUAUUUCGGAGCGCCUCUCCGCCGGGCGCCCGCCCGCAGAUGGACUUUGCCCUCCCCGUUCCCGGGCAACGCUGCUCUCUGCCCGGAAGCGCUGGCUUUGCCUUUCGUGGGCAAAUGAUGAUGCUGAUCUCAAGGGACGGAUCCCUCCAUCCCUUCCCUCUCGGCUGUCUUCGUUCGCAGCGCUCAAGAUCUCUCUUGAGGUUGGGCUGCCUGUGUCUGCACCCAAGACCUUGAAUCACGAUUUUUGGUGGGGGGUUCGAAGGGCCCCCAAAGGCCCUGGACCUGGUCAGAAUCCGCACUAUGGUUUGAGCCUUGGGCCUUGAGACCUGGCUUGGAAUCACUGCUUCGUGGUGGAAACCCGUAGCAUGGCUUUGGGAAGAGCGAUGGGACCCCCCCGGCCUCCCUCGGCGGACCCUUAGGGGGGCUGCACACGUCCCUGCCGACCCCAAAAGCCCCUCCCCUCCCUCCCAAGAACGCCGACUUGUUUGAAAUGAUUGAGAAGAUGCAGGGAAGCAGGAUGGACGAACAGCGGUGCUCCUUCCCCCCCACACUCAAGACGGAAGAGGACUACAUCCCCUACCCCAGCGUCCACGAGGUCCUGGGCCGGGAGGGGCCCUUCCCGCUGAUCCUCCUGCCACAGUUUGGGGGCUACUGGAUCGAGGGCACCAACCACGAGUGGAGCCCCGAAGCGGAGCGGCCGCCCCCGGCCCCCAAGGCCAAGCUGGAGUGCAACCACACGGCCCGCCUCUACCGCAAGCACUUCCUGGGAAAGGAGCACUUCAACUACUACUCCAUGGACGCGGCCCUGGGGCACCUCGUUUUCUCGCUCAAGUACGACGUCAUCGGGGACCAGGAGCACCUCCGCCUCCUCUUGCGGACCAAGAGCCGGACGUUCCACGACGUGAUCCCCAUCUCCUGCCUGACGGAGUUCCCCAACGUGGUGCAGAUGGCCAAGCUGGUCUGCGAAGACGUCAACGUGGACCGCUUCUACCCCGUCCUGUACCCAAAGGCUUCGCGGCUCAUUGUGACGUUUGACGAACACGUCAUCAGCAACAACUUCAAGUUCGGCGUCAUCUACCAAAAGCUCGGCCAGACGUCGGAGGAGGAGCUCUUCAGCACCAUGGAGGAGAGCCCGGCCUUCGUGGAGUUCCUCGAGCUUUUGGGCCAGAAAGUGAAACUUCAGGACUUCAAGGGGUUCCGGGGCGGCCUGGACGUGACCCACGGCCAGACGGGGACCGAGUCGGUCUACUGCAACUUCCGCAACAAGGAGAUCAUGUUCCACGUCUCCACCAAACUGCCCUUCACGGAGGGGGACGCCCAGCAGCUCCAGCGCAAGCGGCACAUUGGCAACGACAUUGUGGCCGUGGUCUUCCAGGACGAGAGCACGCCCUUCGUGCCGGACAUGAUCGCCUCCAACUUCCUUCACGCCUACGUGGUGGUCCAGGCCCAGGGGCCCCACAGCGGGAGCGGCUUCUACAAGGUCUCUGCCACCGCCCGGGACGACGUGCCCUUCUUCGGACCCCCGCUGCCCGACCCGGCGGUCUUCCAAAAGGGCCCCGAAUUCCAGGAGUUCCUCUUGACGAAGCUGAUCAAUGCGGAGUACGCCUGCUACAAAGCGGAGAAGUUUGCCAAGCUAGAGGAGCGGACGCGGACGGCGCUGCUGGAGACGCUCUACGAGGAGCUGCACCUCAACAGCCAGUCCAUGAUGGGCUUGGGGGGCGACGAGGACAAGAUGGAGAACGGCAGCGGCGGAGGAGGAGGAGGAGGAGGAGGAGGAGGGGGCUUCUUCGAGUCCUUCAAGCGCGUGAUUCGCAACCGCAGCCAGUCGAUGGACGCGGUGGGCCUGAGCGGGAAGCGCCCCAACACCGUCCCCGCCAGCCACAGCGGCAGCUUCGGGCACAACAACCCGGACGUGGCCAAGACGGCCGGCAUUUCAUUGCUUGUCCCAGGGAAAACGCCAAGUAGGUACGGACGCCGAGGCAGCGCCAUAGGAAUAGGAACCAUAGAAGAGUCCCUGAUCGUCCCGGGGAAGAGCCCCACGCGGAAGAAGUCCGGACCCUUCGGUUCACGACGCAGCAGCGCCAUCGGCAUCGAGAACAUCCAGGAGGUCCAGGAAAAGAGGGAGAGCCCGACUGGCCCCGAAAAGACUCCGGACAGCGGCCACGUCUCCCAGGACCCCAAAUCGGAGGAUUCGUCCAACCAGAGCUCCCCCGAGAUGCCCACCACCAAGAACAGGCCGGCCCCCAAAGCGGAGCCCCCCCACGGCUGCUCCCGCUCCUCCUCCUCCAGCGCCAGCAGCUUCGGCAGUGGGGCGGAGGGGCCCCCGGGCAGCGGCCGCGACGAGGAGGACGACGAUGCCACUGGCGAGGAGAGCCACUCCUCCUCCUCCGAGGCCCCCCACAAGCGGGGCUCCUUCGUCUACAGCACUUGGCUGGAGGACAGCCUCAGCACCGCCAGCGCAGGGAGUUCCCCCGGCCCGUCCCCGCAGCCGGACCCUCGGAAGUCUGCCGACCCCUCGUGUCCGGAGAUCAAGAUCCAGCUGGAGCAGACAGAGCGGCCUCCCUCCAACGUGAGUUGCUAGCCUGCCGUGGAUGUUCCUCCCCACAAAGCAAAUCAUAAUAAGCACAGGGUGAAGAAGCGCAAGGCCGGACCACGCCUCGCCAGACCCCUAGGAUGACCCUCCUGCGCCUCCCCAUUGACCCCCAAUGCGUUCCUCCUUCCAGGAAGACCUCUUGGGGUGCCGUUGACCCACCGGACCUGGCGGGACUGGACUCCACCGGGGCCGUUCCUUGGCGCCACCCUCAACCCUCGAUCCAAGCCUGGCCCCCCUUUUUCCAUGAGCUGUGCUCCAGACCCCCCCCCCCCAAAACCACCCCUCUGUCCGGCUUGACCCUUCGAACCAGUGGACAUCACGGCUGCUUCUUCCUGUUAGGGAAAACUACCCUUGAAUAUCGCAGAGUGUCCAAAAAUCAAACAGGAUACAGAACGUUGAGCAUUCAGCUCACAGCAUGCAGAGCGCGAGUUGCCCGUGUGAUUCGGCUACAAAGAAUUCAAGGCCGAGGUGCAGAGGCCGAUCCUGAAAAUAUCACAAAAGGUUUAUUUACAAUCGCGAAGAAUAACUGCAUUUCUUGACCAUCAAGGGCAGUGUGGGGCCGAACUCCAGCUCUUCCAAGACGGACAGAUUCCCAGGAAGGAGACUGGACACUCGGACGUUACAGAGCCGGAACCAGUGGCCAGACGGCUUCCCUAAUGUCCAGUUUCAGAGGCAUGACCCUUGGGAAUGAUCUCCCACGUGUCUUGGUGCCAACGAUCCCGUCUGUCCUUCUGUCCCUCUUGACCGCUGGGUGCCAGGCUGCCUCCAGUGACCUUUGACGCCCUUUGGCCCCAAUUUGCCCACAGGUGCCAAUCAAAAGAGCCAUAUCCCUCCCUUUGACCGCUGGGCACUGAGGCCGUGUGAGAACAGGGAGGAGAUCCGUCCAUCCGUUAGGGACAAUCGAAUUCUCCCAAAGGGAUGCCAGCAAGAGAGGCCGCUCCGUCCCCUUGACCAUUGGGCUCCAGCGUCCAGCAAGCCAUCCAGUGACCAUUCGUGGACUGAUCUGUGGAUAUGCUUUGGCCCUGAGUGCCAACCGACUCCCUUUUUAUCAUUCCGUCCACUCGUGACCGUUGCGUCCCAACGUCCGGCAAACCACCGCUAGCAACCACAUGGAGAGGUAUCUCUCCACCAUGGAUGCAUCUUCAUCUUUUGCCAUCCAUUCAUCAGUGGCGCAGCGGGUCAGACCACUCAGCUGCUGAACUUGCUGACCAAGUGGUCGGCGAUUCAAAUCCGGGGAAUGGGUUGAGCUCCCUCUGUUAGCCCUAGCUACUGCCAACCUAGCAGUUGGACAACAUGCAAAUGUGAGUAGGUCAAUCGGUACUGCAAGUAGCUGAACUUGCAGACCAGAAGGUCGGAGGUUCGAAUCCAGAGAGCGGGAGUGAGCUCCCGCUGUUAGCCCCAGCUUCUGCCAACCCAGCAGUUGGAAAACAUGCAAAUGUGAGUAGAUCAAUAAGUACUGAAAAAUAAAAUUAUUGUUAUUAUUAUUACUGCAAGAGUAGCUGAACUUGCAGACCAAAAGGUUGGCAGUUUGAGUCUGGGGAGCGGGGUGAGCUCCCACUGUUAGCCCCAGCUUCUGCCAACCCAGCAGUUGGAAAACAUGCAAAUGUGAGUAGAUCAAUAAGUACUGAAAAAUAAAAUUAUUAUUAUUAUUAUUAUUAUUACUGCAAGUAGCUGAACUUGCAGACCAAAAGGUUGGCGGUUUGAGUCCGGGGAGUGGGGUGAGCUCACGCUGUUAGCCCCAGCUUCUGCAAACCUAGCAGUUCAAAAAUAUGCAAAUGUGAGUAGAUCAAUAGGUACUGCUACAGCAGGAAGGUAACAUUAGCUCUUCAUGCAGUCAUGCCAGUGGCCACAUGACCUGGAGGUGUCUACGGACAACGCCGGCUCUUCAUCUUAGAGCACCAACCCCCAGAGUCGGACACAACUAGACUUAAUGUCAGGGGAAAACCCUGACCUUUACCUAUAUAAUACAUAAUAUUAUAAUUAACAUAUUAUCAUACAAUUUAUAUUUUGGGAAAGUGUGUUGUAUGAUAUGUAAUAUAGCAAUGUCACAUUAUAUAUGUGUGUGUAUAUAUAUAGAGAGAGAGAGAGGGAGAGAGAAUAUAUAAUAUAAUGCAUAUAUAAUACAAUUCUUUCCUAAAACCCAUAUAUUAUAUGGUAACUAGCUGUACCCGGCCACGCGUUGCUGUGGCAAAGUAUGGUUUCUCCUGACAUUAAGUCCAGUUGUGUCCGACUGCACACUGAAGUGGAUUAUAUGGGAGUGUGGAGUCAAGAUAAUCCAGUUCAAAGCAGAUAAUAUAAGAUUAUAAAUGGGUUAUAUAGCUGUGUGGAUGGGCCUUGAGUCUACACUGCCAUAUAAUCCGGUGCAAAUUAGAUAAUCUGUGGAAGAGGCCAAAGUGAGGCCUAACUCUGCCUGUCCCCUGGGCUGAGUGGGUUGCUAGGAGACCAAGUGGGCGAAACUUAGCCUUGUAAGUGGCAGCAAUUGGAUAAAAACAAUUAUUCCUCUCCCUCUAAUUAGGACUUUAUUUUUCUUUUCUUUUUCUUGUAUCCACCUAGAGCCGUGGAUGAUGGGUUGUGUUGUCAAAUUUCGAGGUGGGGGGGGGGCUGUAGUUUUAUUGUUUUGUCCGCUGCCCUGAUGCCAUCACUCUUUUAUACAGUAGAGUCUCACUUAUCCAACAUAAACGGGCCAGCAGAAUGUUGGAUAAGCGAAUAUGUUGGAUAAUAAGGAGGAAUUAAGGAAAAGCCUAUUAAACAUCAAAUUAGGUUAUGAUUUUACAAAUUAAGCACCAAAACAUCAUGUUAGGCAACAAAUUUGGCAGAAAAAGUAGUUCAAUAGGCAGUAAUGCUAUGUAGUAAUUACUGUAUUUAUGAAUUUAGCACCAAAAUAUCACGUUGUAUUGAAAACAUUGACUACAAAAAUGCAUUGGAUAAUCCAGAACGUUGGAUAAGCGAGUGUUGGAUAUGUGAGACUCUACUGUAUAUAUAGAUAUGUUAAUUAUUGCAUAUUAAUUAAUACAUAAUUAUUACAGGGGAAACCUUUACUAUGUUAAUUAUCGGAGCAGUACCUAUUGAUCUACUCACCUUUGCAUUUUCUCAAACUGCUAGAGAGUCGGGCACGACUGGACUCAACUCCGGGAGAGAACCUUGACCUUUCUGACCGUCCGCUCACGGAGGUCCAGCAAGCCGCCCAGACCACAGGAGACCCCUUCGGCCCCGAUUCGCCUGGUCCUUUGGGACUCAUUGGCACUCGCUCUCUCUCUGCGAUUUUGCUGUACAGGUUUUUGUUGGUGUGUCUCUGUCUGUCUGUGCUUUUUGCAAUCUGGACGUGCAAAACACUGUGAAGAAGGACCCCUUGGUGGGGGGACGCGGGUGUCGGCCCCUCCCCUCGCCUGGCUUCAGUCUUAUUUUUGGAAGAUGUGCAAGAAGCCCACCCACCCCCCACCCCCCCUUAAACCCAGGCUGACCUUCCUUCUCCCACUUCUUCUUUUUUUCAAUUUUUGAAACCCAUCCCAGAGCUGUGUUGGUGUUUCCGAGUGACAACCAGAUGUAUAAAAUGAAACGGGGGUGGCGGGGUGGGUGGGGGGGAUAUAUCUAUUUAUCGUUCAGAAGAUUCUAUUUGUAAAACAGGGGAAAUGCUUUUUAAACAUGUAUAGGAUGGGAAAUAAAAGGAGAAAUCAGUGCA